AUGGCUCUUGCUUCUAUUAACAGUGCUUUUCAUCCACUUGAUAGAAUGAUAGGAAUGUUAUAUCCUACAGAAAGAAGAUUUUCUAUUCUUAAAGCACAAACCACUCGAUUAAUAUCAACUUAUUUACAUAUUAACCCUGAAUUUCAGUAUCAUGAUGUCCCAAGGGUAAUACUUACAGAACCUAAAACGCCAAUGCAUAACUAUGGAUUAGAUAAUAGUAAUUAUGAAUUAAUUGUACGUAUUGGAGAUAUAUUAGGUACUUCUACAUCAUUUGAAGGAAAAGAAUAUUCAAUGAAUCCAAAUGUUAUUACACAAUAUAAAGUUAUUAGUAAAUUAGGACAAGGAACAUUUGGACAAGUAUUUAAAUGUAAAGAUCUUCAACAUGAUAGGGAAGUUGCUAUUAAAAUAUUAAAAAAUAAAAAAGCAUAUUUCAGACAAGGAAUGCUUGAAAUUACUGCUUUACUAAUAUUAAAUAAGUUUUAUGAUUCAAAAAAACAAAUAGUAGAAAUUUUAGAUCAUUUUUUAUAUUGUAAUCAUCUUUGUAUUGUCACAGAAUUACUUGGAUGUUCAUUAUAUGAAUUAAUGAAAUUAAACAAGAAGUCUGGAUUUUCAUUACCUACUAUUCAAACUUUAAAUAAACAAAUAUUAGAAUGUCUUGUGAUUUGUAAACAAGCAAGUAUUAUUCAUUGUGAUCUUAAACCAGAAAACGUGUUACUAACAGGAAUAUCAUCAAAGUUAAAACUAAUUGAUCUUGGUUCAUGUUGUUUUGAUAAUUAUUCAUUAUAUUCAUAUAUUCAAUCAAGAUUUUAUCGUGCACCUGAAGUAUGUAUUGGAUAUAAAUAUAAUUGUGCAAUAGAUAUGUGGUCAUUUGGUUGUAUGGUUGCAGAAAUGUUCUUUGGAAUUCCAUUGUUUGUUGCAAAUAGUGAAUUAGGAUUGUUAAGAAAACAAAUUAAAUUCCUUGGAAUGAUUCCAUCAGAGAUGUUAAAUAGUGGAACUAAAACAGAAAAUUAUUUUAAUCGUUUCUAUCAUGCAGAUGGUACUUUUGAAUAUGUUUUGAAAGAUGAAGAAGAAUUUGAAGAAGAAUAUUGUGUAGAAUUACCUGAAGAAAAAGAUUAUUUUAAAAAAAAGAGUUUAAAGGAGUUAGUAUAUUUACAUAAUAUUAUAUUAGAUGUUUCUAAAAUUCCUGUUGAUCCUGCAACAUUACGACUUACAUUAUUUGAUUUUUUGAAUAAAUGUUUAACAUAUAAACCAGAAGAUAGAUUAACUCCACAAGAGGCAUUAGCCCAUCCAUUGUUUAAUGCAAAAUUAAAAUCAGAAAAAGAUAUGAAAAAGAAAGUGAAAGUACCUAAUCUACAAUUAAAAACUCCAAAGAAAAAACAUGACAUUAAAAAAGAUGAUAAAUUACAAGAAUUAGGAUAUAAUCCAAAUCGAAUUAAUACUAAUUCUCCAUUAGAUUAUUAUAAAGCAUUUUUAAAACAAUUAGAACAAGGACAUAUUCCAUUAAUUACUGAAGAAAAUCCAUUUGAAGAUGAAAUGACUCCUGAAAGUCUUUCUUUAGUUUUCCAAAAGGAAAGAAUGAUUCCACAAACAAAAAUAGAAAAACAAUGUCAUACACCAAGAAGAAUUCGUGCUGUCUCAUUUGAUGGUCCUGCAAUUAAUAAAGAAAUUCAUCAAUCAAAAAUUCCUUUACAUACUACUCAUGCUGGUUCAUUAGGUACAAUUGAAUCUACAGAAUCUAAAUCAAAAAAGAAAACUUAUAAAAUUCCUACUCUCAAAAAAGUCACUCGUGAAGGUUCAGGUUCAUUAACAUCAUCGUCUGAAUCUUCAAAUUCAACAGUAAGCACUCCAAGAAGAAGACUCUUAUCACUUGUUUCUCCUAGAAAAACUGAAUCCCCACAAGAAAGCCCAAGAAGUUCAACUAAACUAAGUUUCCUUAUACCUUCAUUUAUGAGAAAAAGAAGUAAUUCUUCAAGUGGAGCUAGCUCAGAUAAUGAAGGAUCUAUACAAGACCUUUCAUCAACACCAGAAAGAUGA